GUCUGGCUACGGCGAUGCUCUAUUAAAAUGGCCGCGGCGACUAUAGUGGAGAGUUCUACUGGUAAAGAUGCUAUUGCUGAGGGGUUGAUCGACCUCCUGAAGCCCGCUAUUCAGCAACUCGACCUUCAUGUACACUCAGUCAGAGAAAGCCAGGUGGAAUUAAGAGAACAUAUAGACAGCCUGGCCACAGAGUUAUGCAGGAUAAAUGAACAUCAGAAGGUGGCUCUAGACCUGGAUCCUUAUGUGAAGAAGCUGCUGAAUGCAAGACGUAGAGUAGUGCUAGUAAACAACAUACUGCAGAAUGCUCAGGAACGUUUGAGGCGACUCAACCACAAUGUGGCCAAAGAGACUGCACGAAGGAAGACCAUGCUGGAGGCUUCAGGAGUGUUCGCAACCCGCUCCCCCAGUAAACCCUGACCCUCCUCCUGUUCUGCAAUACUGUGAACUGUUUUAAACAGGAGGGACACAACACCACAGGAAACUGUAACAUGAGGAGGACAAGUCUUCCUUUGACAUUUACUCAGUUGUUUGUCUAAUCAUAAUGCUGGUGUCCUGCACCGCUUUGUCUGAUGUUAAAUACAACAGAAUCAGCUUUACAGUAUCACCAGUUCAUUAUAUAUUAAAUACAUGUGGCCACUAAAAAGUCAUGACCAUCCACAUUUAUUUAAGUUGAUGUCUUGUGAUCAAUUCAUUGAGUGUUACUGAACUCUCCCUCUGUGUUCCCAAGCUUUGUUAAUGGGUACCACAGCAUUUUCUGUGUAGCUCUGCUAACAUUAAUGUGUUAUAGCAAAUAAACACAACAUGUAAUGUUGUGUCUCCAUGA